AUGUCCUGCCAGCAGAGCCAGCAGUGCCAGCCCCCUCCCAAGUGCCCUCAGAAGUGUCAGGCCCCCAAGUGCCCCCCAAAGUGUCCCCCUAAGAGCCCUCAAGUCUCUUCCUGCUGCAGCUCCAGCUCCGGGGGCUGCUGCAGCUUGGGGGGUGGCGGCUGCUGCAGCUCCGGGGGUGGGGGCUGCUGCCUGAGCCACCACCGGCCCCGCAGGUCUCUCCGCCGCCGACACCAGAGCUCUGGCUGCUGCAGCAGCGGAGGUGGCGGUGGCUGCUGCAGCAGUGGAGGUGGCAGUAGUGGCUGCUGUGGCAGCAGUGGGGGCAGCGGUGGCUGCUGCAGCAGUGGUGGCAGCAGCGGGGGCAGUGGUGGCUGCUGCGGCAGCAGCAGUGGAGGUGGCCAGCAGUCUGGGGGCUGCUGCUAA